AUGGCGCAUCGGGGCCAUGAGUCCGGCAUGGACUUUGAAUGGCAGAAUGGUGCUGGAGCCAUGGAUUCUCGAUCGCCUUUUGCGCAACUGAGCCGGAACACACAGCGUUACCCGGGAACGCCGAGUGGGAAGAGUGAGUGGAAGGAGGAGUGCGUCCUUGGCCGUUCGCAUGGUUGUAUUAACGGGGAUGGAGUAGGAUCGCCGCAGAAAUCGCAUACCAACCUAACCUCUCGAACCAGCCCCGCCAAGGCCCUGCCACCGACACCUGCCUACAAUGGCCUGUUCAGAACGCCACGUAAGAUGGACUCCAUGGAAAUUGAUGAUUCAUCUGCUGGGGAAACACCGAAAUCGCCGGAACAAGAGCAGCAGACACCUGAUACGAUGGGACGGAGUGCGUUGAACAAUGCGCCUGAGUCAACGAGCAAGAGCAUGUUUAGAGCUUUGCAGCCUUGGGAUGGCAACAUGGGCACCAACAAUACGAGCGCGCAAGCUGGUGCUGAGCGGGAACGAGGCAGUCCAACGAAAGAGAAGGAGCGGCCGCUGCCCGCCAGGAGAGAGAGCUGGAUGGUGCGCUUCAAGAACAAGAUGUACAGCCCCGGAAGAGGCGAGGUACCGCGAGGAGCGGAUCAUGAGAAGAAGAUCAGCAAGAGAAGACGGGACAGGGAUUUGGGGCGUCAUAUUUCUCGACGGAGACGGCAUAGCGUGUCGGACUCUGGAGAGGACAGCGAAAUGGCCAAAUCCUCACGCAAGUCCAGCCGGGAGCAGAAGGGCGAGCAAGCCAGCGAGAAGAAACCGCACUGGCUCUCGACGGCUUUCACAUUCAUUGCUCAGCACCCGACCGUCCCCCAUAUCCUCUCCUUCUACGCGCAACUCGCCUUCAACGUCUUCCUGCUGGCGGGAUGCUCGUAUCUCAUCUAUUGCUUCUGGUCUGCUGUUUCUGGAGACGUGGACAAGAAAUCUCAUGAAGCGAUGGCCGACAUCAUGGCGGAGAUGGCGGCUUGCGCGGAGCAGUACACCACCAAUAAAUGCGAUCGAUCAACACGCGCGCCUGCCCUGGAGACCGUCUGCGAGAACUGGAACAAGUGCAUGAACCGCGAUCCCUCCAAAGUCGGCCGUGCUCGCGUCUCCGCGCACACGUUCGCGGAAAUUUUCAAUUCGUUCGUGGAGCCGAUUAGCUGGAAAGCAAUGGUAUGUCUCCUUUCACUCUUCUACCCUGUCACGAAAUACUUGCUGACUCUCAUCGAACAGAUCUUUACCUUCCUCCUCGUCUUCGGAUGCUUUGCAACUACGAACUUGGCCUUCGGCUUCUUCCGGGACAAGUCGAAUCAGUACUACCAUCAUCAGCAACCGCCUCCCUUCUACCACCAAGGCCCUCCGCCUCCGACUCCGCAGCGGAGCUUCAGCAAUGAGAAUCCCGGAUCACAGUACUAUGGAACGCCCUGGAGUCAUCAUGUUCCGGCGUUGGAGCCGCAGCCGAGUCAAGGCUUUGGACAGAUCCAAGGGCGUGGGAGUCCGGUGCGACGACUUGUUUAUAAUUAA